AUGGGCUCGUUGCGCGAUGAUGACAUCGAGCUGAAGUCCGAUAGUCUCAGUGUCCUACCAGUGAAUCCGAGAGAGCAAGCACGCAUUCUGCGCAAGAUGGAUUGGCACCUGUUACCUUUCGUGACGGUGUUUUUCUUGUUGUCGUUCUUAGACCGGGCCAAUAUUGGAAAUGCGACGGUUGCUGGAAUGGCUACAGACCUGAAAUUGACUGGCUUCAAGUACAACAUUGCUGCAGCCGUCUUUUUUAUCCCAUAUAGCUUUGCUGAAGUCCCCUCGAACAUCAUCCUCAAGCUAUUAAGGCCAUCGCGAUGGAUACCGUCUAUCAUGGUCACAUGGGGCAUUGUGAUGACUCUUAUGUGUCUCGUCAAUUCAUAUCGAUCUCUCGUUAUAGCCCGAGCGUUCCUCGGUUUGACCGAAGCAGGAUUAUAUCCAGGAAUAAAUUACUACAUCUGCCUUUGGUAUCCACGUUCGGAGCGGUCCAAACGUAUUGCUAUAUUCUUCUCUGCAGCGUCAGUCGCAGUUGCCUUCGGUGGACUCCUUGCGUACGGUAUCGAACGGAUGAAUGGAGUCGGAGGAUUGUAUGGUUGGCAGUGGAUGUUUUGCUUGGAAGGCAUUGUCACUGUUCUCGUCGCAGUUUUCUCUUUUUUCUACAUGCAUGAUUAUCCUGAAACGGCCAAAUUUUUGACCGAACCAGAGAGAUUAUACAUCAUAGAUGUGCUCAAACACGAUUCGAAUUCUCUUUCCUCUCUCUUCGACACUCAGUUCGUCUGGCAAGCCAUGAAAGAUUACAAGACCUACGUCCAAAUUCUCAUUUAUUUAGGGUUACUUGUCCCCGGUUAUGCCAUCGCCCUCUUUUCGCCAACCAUCAUCAACGAGCUUGGCUAUUCUGCUGCGAAUGCCCAGCUACUCUCAGUCCCACCAUUCGUUGCCGGCGCUAUCGCAACAAUCAUAGUUGGCAUCCAUUCUGACAAGCACAAUCUUCGUGGCCCGUACAUUAUCGGCGGUGCGCUCGUGUCUCUUGUGGGAUACAUCUUACUAUAUUGCUCCGUAAAAGCGGGUCCGUCAUACGUUGGAGUUUGUCUAGCUGCUGCAGGAAAUUAUCCGACCGUCGCAGUCAUUCUUGCUUGGGCUGGCUCAAAUGCGGGAGGCGACUUAAAGCGCGGAGUCGUACUAGCAAUGGUCAUUGGUAUUAGUAACCUCGGAGGUGUUUGCUCCUCCUUCAUCUAUAUUGAUCCGCCACGUUUCCACGUCGGACAUGGCACCAACAUGGGAUUUCUUUCUCUUUCAAUCAUAAUGAGUAUCUUCGCUAUGUGGAACUACAACCGGCUGAACAGAAAGAAAGAAGCGCAGUGUCUGGCGGAAAACAUUGGCGACGAUAGAAGAUACGAAUUCAAGGACAUGGGCGAUGCCAGUCCGCUUUUCAGGUACACCAUAUAAAACAUACAGCUAAAUCAAGCUGUCCUCAAGCGUUUUUUGAUAUCACCUCGGGAAUAAGACGCACCUACAUCUCAUUUGUAAUAGUACAAUGUGGCGUAGCAUAGACACUAAAUAUUAUGGGCACGUAUAAUCAGAGGUGGAUCCUAUAAGUUGACAAUAACAAUGAAGCCAACUCGUGUCUCAGAAGCACAGCCAGC